GUAUGGAAGCAGAUAUUAAUUAAUUACAUGAUUGGAUGAAGUAAUAAAAUAUUAUUGAUUAUUAGUGAUUAUUUAGAUUAACUUGAAAUUCAUGAUUAAAUUUGUUCAGAAAUUUUAUCUAAAUAUGACUUUGUUACAACUGAUAAAAUGAAAUUUAUAGAUUUAAAUGAUAUUCAUAUAAAUUUCUUCUUUUUUAUUGCAUAGAUACAUAGAAAGAGAAAUUUAAUGGAUGAAUUUGAAAGAUUUUUUGAUUAAGGAAUUUAGGAAGUAGAAUCUAGAGCAGACUAAAUAUUAAAAAUGCCUGAAGGCUAAUUUGAUUUACAUUUAAUUUUGAAUAAUUUAUUUUAACUUUUUGCAAAUUUAAAGUCAGCUGAAGAUAUUUAAACAGAAAUAACAAAUAAUUUAGUUAUGAAACUGAUUGAUUUAUUUUCCAUAUACUGGAAAGAUGAUUGUUUUUUAGACUUUAUGGUGUCUUUUGCAGACUAUUUGGUAUCUUAAAAUCUUUUUGAAAAAGCAGCUGAAUUAUUAAAAGAGGCUUAUGAUUAUAAAACUGAUAUUGUCUCAGAAGUUAUGUUAUUUUUAUUAUAUGCUAAUAUCUAUUAAUGUAAAAAAUUGGGGUUUUUGAAAGAAAUUGACAUGAGCAAUUUUUUAGCCCAAAUUGAAAAAUUAAAUAAUGUAGAUUUUGAAGAUAUGAUAAUAUAUGUAUUCUAUGUAAGAUUAAUAUAAAAAUAUUCAUAGUUUCAUAAGAACAUUUUUAAUGAAAUUUUAGAAACAAAGAACUCGGAUAAAAUAAAAGAACAAUUUGAUAAAGUUAUAUUUUAUAUUUAAGAAAUAAGCAGAGUGAUGAAAAAUAAUAAAUUAGAAGUAUUUAAAAUUAUGAUUGAUAGGCUUAAUUACCAAUUUUUGAUUGGAUUGAUUUAGUAAUGACAAAUAAUCUAUUAAAAAAUAAUGAUUAUUAUAUUUUAGCAAUUUAUAAUACAUUGAAUCUAUUUAAAGACAUUGAAUUAAUUUAAGAUCGUUAGAAUUUGGAAAGAGAUUUUUAUUUAAUAGUUUUGUCAUUUUGUUUGAAAGAUUAAAUAAAUUUAGAUUCUUAAUUAAAAGUAAAUAAUGUAAAGGCAUUUGUAAUUAAAUAAUUUAUAAUUCAUUCUAGGCUUUGA